CUUGGUUCGAGCUUUUAAGGAUUGUGCUUUUCUCAAAGAUUUGAUUCUCUCUCUCUCUUUUUCAAAUUUAUUUUUGUAGUGGGUUUAUGGGUCGGGCUAAUUUUCUUGAGUCCUUGAUUAGCUUCAUUCAUGUAUGUUUCCUUUUGGGUGUUUUGAACCAAAUUUGAGUUGAAACAAGUGAUGAGAAGCAGUGGCAAUGGCUAAGCCUAACUGCUUGAAUCUGGGUUUCUUCUAAGUAAGAAAAUAGGGUUUUUUUCCCAGCUUUUCAUCAUGCCUUUGUAUGAGCUAUAUCGGAUGGCUAGGGGGAAACUUGAUUCAUCUCAAGACAAGAAGAACCCUUCAAGCUCCACUGAUUUGUCUUCUGUACCUGAGAAUGACAUUGUUGAAUUGGUAUGGGAAAAUGAUCAAGUUUCAAUGCAAGGUCAGUCUAGUAGGGCUAGGAAGAUGAUUUCUUGUAGUGAUAAAGAUAUAGGAAAUGGAGGGGAUUUUACAAGAAUGGGAAAGUUUGGGGUGUUGGACUCUUCUAUAUUGAGUGAUGUUCCGAUGUCGGUGGUGCCGACUCAUGGUGCUGAUGAUGAAGUGGUGCCUUGGCUGAAGUACCCUGAGGUUCAAUCUUUACAUGAUGAAUGUUCUGGUUUAUUGCCUGAACUAUCCGGGCUCGCUUCGAAUGAGAUCCCGACUAAUAGUAACGUAGCAUCAUUUGAUAGAAGACGCCAAUCCGUUAGAGAUUUGUUUACUGUUUCUACAAAUGAUGCUGUGGAUUUUGAACGAGGAAAGCUGUUGAAGGUUCCUAAACCUGCAGAUGACAAAGCUAGGCCAUCACAGCCACGUCAAGUGUCUUCUCCGUAUUUUAGAUCAAGAAAUUCGGAGAGUAUUGGUAAUAACCUGAGCCAUACCUUAACCAACCAUGCCAUUUGCAGAGAUUCAAUGGGAGUUCAACCAUCAGACGAUGCUUUGGCUGGCAUAAAGUUGCAGAAACAAGAUCCUGGUGCACCUUGUAGUAAUACACUGUUGAUGAAUUUUUCCCAUUUCGCACGUCCCGCUGCUAUUGUUAAAACUAAUCUUAAGAACAUAGGUGCUAUGGCUAGGACUGAGAAGAAUGGAAGUAAGGAAAAGGGGAUUGGUGACGGUGUUAGCAACUGUGUUGAUUCCAGGCACAUUGAUUCGAAUAUUGAGCUACAGAAGGAAGAACUUUCUCAUUGCCAUUCUACAAUGUUGCCAAUGAAGACCGAUAUAAAAGAAUCUAAAGCUAAAUCUCUAGAUUCACCAGGUGAUAAAAUCUCUAAUCAAGUUACUGGUGAAAAUGCUUCUAAACGCCUGCCACAUAGUGACAAGGCUGUAGAGUCUGUGCAUGCUGCUUCCUCUGUUUGCUGUGGAAAUAGUGUUGAAAGAUCAUCUGAUGAUACAUUAUUACACAAUUUGAAGAGAAAAAAUCGUGAUGAUGAUGAGUUUGAAUGCCCUAGUGAAGAUGCUGAAGAAGAAUCUGAGGGUGUGAAAAAAGCAAUUCCCGCUCAAGGUGGUAAGGGGUCUAAGAGAAGUCGAGCAGCAGAAGUGCAUAAUUUAUCUGAAAGGAGGCGAAGGGAUAGGAUAAACGAGAAAAUGCGUGCCUUACAGGAGCUCAUACCAAACUGCAACAAGGUGGACAAAGCUUCGAUGCUUGAUGAAGCAAUUGAAUAUCUUAAAACACUCCAACUACAGGUGCAGAUUAUGUCUAUGCGAGCUGGGUUAUAUAUGCCACCGACGAUGUUUCCAACUGGAAUGCAACAUAUGCAUGCAGCUCAUAUGGCACAUUUAUCAUCCAUGAGUGUUGGAAUGGGUAUAGGUAUGGGUUUCGGGAUGCCAUUUCCUCAAACGAAUACUAUAGUUUCUGCUUGCCCUAUGGUUCAGGUGCCUCCAACCCCUGGAGCACCUCUUUCUGGCCCCUGCCCUGGCCCACAUCCAUCCGGCACCACUACACUCCAAGAGAUGACAGGAUCUAACCUACAGCCGUAUGGGUUUCAUGGUCAUGGACUUCCGAUGUCGAUGCCAGGUGUACCUUUGAUUCCUAUUCCAAUUCAGAAUAUCAACUCACAAGUGACAGAGAACACUAACAUCAAUAGCUCCGUGAAUCAAGUGACAGAGAACACUAACAUCAAUAGCUGCGUGAAUCAGACAUCUACUCAGUGCCAAACAACAAAUGAAAGUUUUGAACAGCCAGCUGAAGUGCACAAGAAUAGUCAAGCCUCAGAAAUCACCGGUAGUGUUCCUUUUAGAUCAACAGAAGGAGAUGAGAAGUUACCUGAUAGGUCAUAGUACUUUUGAUUGUAUAUACGCAUCGUGUUUUAUCAAAGUGUAGGUUAUAUUUGUUAGCUUUUUGACCCGAGGAUAGGAAACUAUUUUGCUUCAGAUGGAGACUGAAGCUUUUUUUUUUUGUGUGUGUGUGUGUGAGGGGGACUGUAUUUGACCUCUAUGAUGAUGAUGGUCAACUGAAUACUAAUUUCGGGGAAUUACAGUUAGAAUUUGCACAUAUUUCGGCA